AUAUUAAUUUUAUUUCGUUGAUAAUAAAUUUUGCCGCCUGUCCGAGAAUGCGGUACGGCGAGCGUGGGAUCAGAUAGCGGAUGUUGAAUAACGUAUUUAGAGUACAAUGCAAUUAAUACAUUAAAGUAAAAAAUCGCGUCGCGUGAGUUGCGAUAAUUAAAAGAGCGGAGCUUGGUUUUUGUUAUUUAUAUCGCGCAUCGAUCACCUGAAAGAAUCAGUGUCGCCAUCAGCUGGUCGACUCGCGAAAUCAAACACGUCGCCACAUCGGUACACCUCUGAAUUAAUUUUUUUAUUGGGUUAUGACAUAACAUCAACUAUUUUAAAUUUUACAUUUAAUUUGGCGCACACGUGAAAGAAAUAAUUAUAAUAAUUUAUACAGAUAAUAACAUUUUUCUUCCCGUGACAUUUUGCAAUCGUGAUGCUUUAACGUUCCGUGGCGCAGGCAUGAAGAUUGAAAAGUUCUUGGACGUUUCUUGAGGAAAUCAACAAAUACCGAAUAUCGAGUGUGUAAGGCUCGCGAUGUAAAAUGCGAAAAGGUAACAAGAGGGAAAUUUUAUUUAGGAAAUACCCGGCGUACCCCGAUUGCAUUUGCAAUUACUAUUAUAGAUGAUAGCCUCGAGCCGGGGAAAUUUGUCCGCGAGAGCACUCGCGCGACCGUUCAAACUGAUUACCAAAUUUAGAAAGAGAUGGUACGAAUCAAGCGCGGGCGAUUACGGCGGGACCACGCAGUUGACUCAGACGAACAUCUUCGUGCAAGAAGGCACGCGCAUACAAGAAGUUCCCUUGAUAGUCAAGAGGAUCACCAGCAUCGAGGUUCUUUUCGACAAGCUGGUCCGUAGGACCGUUGAACCGUCAAAUAAGAAUAAGAAGCCCGCGAUAGUUCAUAAGGAAAGCGCUUCUUAUUCCACCGGCACGAGCGUGACAAAGAACGGCCCUCUGAAGCAUACCAUUAGCAUAGAGACCGACGAGGGUACGGCGAUACUUUACUGCUCCGACAUCGAGCGUCUGAAAAACACGGACAUGCAGCAGGUUCUCGAUGCGAUAAACAUGGGGAACGCGGGCAAGAGAGUUUACUCCCUGCUGGAGAACAGGCUGGUCGGCGAGAUAAACUGCCGGAUAGCGCUUCAAAGUUUGAGGAAGAUGAUAGAGCUGGAGAACGGAUGGCAUCGGCACCGAAAGAACCUGUCGAGCGCUCCAUCUUCCGCGGAGGCCAUCAAUAGAGACGUUAUCUUGCAGCAACUUGUAAAUCUGAUUGCCAAAAGCCAAGACAGCGAGACGAUAUUGCAGGGACUGAAGGCGCUCAAGAGGGAUAGAUUCAGCCCUCCGAUGAACGCUUACAAGGAUCGGUUGUGCAACGAAAUCAUGAUUCGAGUCGCGGACGGCGAGCUUACCAUGUCACAGUUAAUUAGAGCGGUGAAAAUUCUGACCAAUUACGGAAACUCCAAGUACAGAAACUGCAUCGACAUGUUGUGGGUAGGCUUGGCGUGCAGGGAACAGGAUAUCAAACCGGAUCUACUGGUUCCGUUAUUUAGAUCGUUGAAAUAUUUCCAACGAAGCAAGGGCAUGGUGCAGAUCAUUUUAGAGAAGAAACUGUCGGAGCAGUGGCUGAGAUUGGCCGGCUCGCAGAUGGCUAGUAUACUGAACUGUCUCUACGGGAAGGAGGCCUCGAUGAGGUGUCUAUCGAGCGCCAGCAAAUGGGCAGGCGUGAGCAUGACCACUUCCACCGAAAAGGACCUCGUUAAUUUUAUCGGUAGUCUGCACACGAAGAAAUACGUCGACGAGAGUAUAGAACAGGCAUUGGCGAGAUACGUGACGGCGAAAGGCGCCGAGAUGAAGGAUCCCAAUUUGAUCGCUUCUAUCAUGGAUUACUGCAAAGAUCUACGAAUCAGAAAUCCGUAUAUACUCGCCGAAUGUGGAAGGUACUUUAUGAGACACGGGAUGCAAAUUCCGCCUACGUUGCUGUCCCCCAUUCUCGCGCCGUUCGGUUUGCUGAAUCUACAACCGCCGGAUCCGAUCGAAUUUUGGAAGACGUUCGACGAGGUAAUGUCCGUGAGAUUCUCGGAUUUGAAGCUGAACGACGCGUUGGACAUUCUUCUCUCUUGCACGUACCUCGAGAGAUAUCCCAUCAACCACUUGGAUAAGGUCUUCAGUUCGUACCUUAUGAAUAGGCUGCAAACGCAAAGGGACGCGCCCAUCGUCAAUCGUUUGAAGGAUAAAUUGAAAUUGUUUGACGCGACCAUGUCGUUAGAAUGCAAAGAUUAUCGUGGCAGUCCGAUUAAUCUGGACAGAAACACGGAGUCGUUAGACUUGGACAUGAGAAUCAGGGGUAUCGUCGAUAAAAUAUACAAGCCACUGGCGCAUUUGGUAGGCGGCGAGCACAAGUUGAGUAGAAGCGUGGUUUUAAGCAGGUUGCCCCUCGUGAACUUUUACAUUUUAGAUAUUCUGAUACAUCCGCUGCUAAAGAAGUCGACGCCGGUCUUUAACUUGAAUCUGCAUAAAAAGAGAAACGUCAAUACCGUGAUUCUAAUCUAUCUGCCCGAAUACUAUUGCUGGAACACGCGGUUUCUGACAGGGCCGCAGGUAAUGAGAAAACGUCAGGUUAGGAAAUUGGGUUUCCGAGUUGCACGUCUAGAUUACGCGAAACUGGCAGAACUCGUAGAUCACGACGACAAAUUACUGUCCUAUCUGUCACAAAGUCUGGACGCCGCCGAAGAUGCUUUAUAAGUCGUCUCUCGCGUGUGACACACGUAUUUUACGGAUGAACGCAAAUUUAUGGAUGGAACUGGGCAGUGAAGCGCAAUUGUAAUUGCAUGUUUUCUUGAUAAAUAGUAAAGCAUUGUACUCUAAAUGAAAUAAACGUCUACAAAAAAAAAA